AUGGAGAAUCAGGCGCCAUUUGCCAGCAGAGGCGCGCCCGCAGCGUUUCCGCCGGCGGCGGGACCUGUUUCGUGGGCGCAGGCUGUGGCUGGGGAAGGCGCGGUGACCGGGGGAGGCGCGCAGGUUGUGGCCGGGGGAGGCGGAGCUGCGCCCAGCAUCGUAUGGGGGGGAGGCGGGAGGUCGCAGCCGCAGCAGCCGGCGAGCAAUCUAAAUUCGCCAGCUGGCUUUCCCGCGCUGACGUCAGCAAACCGGUCCCCAUCCCCGCCACCCCCCAGAUCCGAGCAGCAGUCCCCCUCCCCCCCGCGCGCCCCCCCCCCCGCUGGCGCCUCCGCCAGCCUGCUGGGGGACGCUGCUGCGCUGGCGCGACGCAGAGCGAGGUUUGGGGAGGUGGCGGUGGGGGAUGGCGCGGAGGAGGGCGGGGGGAAGGAUGGGGGGAAGGGCGGGGAAGGGGGUGAAGAUGUGGGAGGGGGGCGGGGGGGAGGACGGGGAGGAGGGGGAGGAGGGGGAGGAGGGGGAGGAGGGGGAGGAGGGGGAGGAGGGGGAGGAGGGGGAGGAGGGGGAGGAGGGGGAGGAGGGGGAGGAGGGGGGAUGGCAGCGGGCGGGGGAGGGGCCACGGAGGAGGGGGAGGGGGGAGGCGACGAGGCGGACUGGCAGCUGGCAGAGGCGGUUGUGGGGACAUGCCCCGACAUGUGCCCUGGUAUGCCCCGACAUGUGCCCUGGUAUGCCCCGACAUGUGCCCUGCACAGCACAGCAGCACAUGUGCUCCUAGUAAACCACCUCGUCCUUCCCUCCCCCCUUCCCUCCUCCUCCCCAUCGUUUCUAUCCUGCACUCUUUUCCUCCCCUCUCCCCACCUGCCCUCUCUCCCUCCCCUUCCACCCCCUUCUCUCCCCUCCUCUCGUCUCCGCCUCUCCCAACUUCCCGCCCCUUCACAUCGUCUUCCCCUUCCCUCUUCGUUCCCUCUCUCUCCUUCUCCACCUUCCCGCUCUCCCUCCUCCUUCCUCCCCUUCCCCCCGCCACCAGCGCAAGAGAGGGAGGUGAGGGAGCGCAGCGGCGCGCUGGACGUGUUUGAGCGGGUCAACGGGGACCGCAGCAGAACCAACGCACAGCUGGCGAUCAAGAAGGUGGGGUGUGGUCGGAUGUGGUCGGAUGUGUAUCCCGCACCCACUCAAUCCAAAGCCAUUCCACCCAUUCCCAUCCACCCCGUCCCGCCCGCCUUCCCCCUUCCCUCAGUAUCUGGCGCCCACAACAUGGUUCCUUCUUUCAUCCACCCACUCCCCGUGCUUACUCCCGCCAUCAUGGAUCCCUCGUUCAUCCGCCCCAUGCCCGUGCUCCACACCACCAUGGCGCACAUGCUCUCCCUGCUGCACCUCCCCUUCCCCCCUCCGCCCUCCGCGGCCAAGGGGGGCGCGGAGGAUGGGGAGAUGGAGGGGGAAGGCGCGGGGGAGGAAGCGGGAGGGGCGGGGGGUCCAGGGAUGCGGCUGCUGCUGCUGCACUCGUUCCUGUGGGAUCGCAUGAGGGCUGUUCGUGCUGACCUGCGCAUGCAGCACCUGUUUGGAAGAGAGGCGAUCAACAUGCACGAGCAGAUGGUGAGACAUGCACGAGCAGAUGGUGAGACAUGCACGAGCAGAUGGUCAGCUGCGGUUCCACAUAGUGGCGAUGCACGAGCUGUGCGCUUCCACAUAGUGGCGAUGCACGAGCUAUGCGAGUACCCCAAGGGCGAGGGCUUCAGCGAUGGCUUCGAUGCGCAUCUCAACAUCGAGCAGAUGAACAAGGCGUGUGUGGACCUCUUCCACAUGUACCACGACCGCCGCGCCGACCUCUCGCAUGCACAAGCGAUGGCGAGCGAGGGCGGGGAGGGGGUGGGGGAAGAGGAGGUGGGGGAGUUGGAGGCGUGUUUGGCGCAGGAGGGGGAGCUGAGGGGGUACUACCUGCUGCUCAAGAUCGACCGCCACCCGGGGUUCAAU